CGGCGUCCUGGGUGCUCUGCGGGCUGUCGGUCGCCCUGCCACUGUGGGUCGGAGCAGAUGCAUGCAAGGACAUUAGUAUGCAAAAUGAGCUGCCUUUAGUAGGCCAGCCUUUUGCUUUUAAUUGCACAUACCCUCCGAUAACAUCUGGGGAAGUCAAUGUCACAUGGUAUAAAAAUUCUAGAACCCCAAUAUCCAAAAACAUACAAUCUAGAAUUCACCAGGACCAGACUUGGAUUUUGUUUCUCCCUCUUGCAUGGGGAGACUCAGGAAUCUAUCAGUGUGUUCUAAAGGGUAGAGACAGCUGUCACAGAAUACAUGUAAACCUAACUGUUUUUGAAAAACGUUGGUGUGAUGAUGGUUCCAGAAACGAUCUACCGAAUUUAUCAGAUGAGUACAAACAAAUAUUACAUGUUGGAAAAGAUGAUACUCUUAUAUGCCAUCUUUACUUCCCGAAGAGUUUUGUUUUGGAUUCAAUAACAUGGUAUAAGGACUGUAAGGAGAUAAAAGGGAAGCGGUUUACUGCUUUGGGAAUAAUGCUUACGGUGAACAAUGUCUCAACAGAGGACAUAGGGAACUAUGCGUGCCGAGCCAGACUGACACACACGGGGAAGCAGUACACGGUUUUGAAUGGCAUUACUGUGAACACCACAGAAAUAACUGGAUAUGGAGGAAAUAUCCCUAAAAUCAUUUAUCCAAAAAACAAUUCAAUUGAAGUACAGCUUGGCUCCAGCCUGAUUGUGGACUGCAAUAUAACAGACACGAAGGAUAAUACAAAUCUGCGAUGCUGGAGAGUCAAUAACACUUUGGUGGAUAUUUACUACAACGAAUCCAAGCGAAUCAGAGAAGGAGUGGAAAACCAUGUCCCUUUUCAGGAACAUAUUUUGUAUACAGUAAACAUAACCUUCUUAGAAGUGAAACUGGAAGAUUACGGCCUUCCUUUCAUGUGUCAUGCUGGAGUGUCCACAGCAUACUUUAUAUUAAAACUCCCAGCUCCAGAUUUUCGAGUUUACUUGAUAGGAGGACUUAUCGCCUUGACAGUCGUGGCUGUGUCUGUCUUGUACAUCUACAACCUCUUUAAGAUCGACAUUGUACUGUGGUAUCGAAGCUCCUUCCACUCUCCUGGGACUGUAGAAGAUGGGAAGCUGUAUGAUGCAUACGUCUUAUACCCCAAGCCUCUCAGAGAAAGCCAGAGCCAUGCCGUGGACACACUGGUGUUGACGAUCAUGCCGGAGGUGCUGGAAAGGCAGUGUGGAUACAAGUUAUUUAUAUUUGGCAGGGAUGAAUUCCCUGGACAAGCCGUGGCCAAUGUCAUCGAUGAAAACAUUAGACUGUGCAGGAGGCUGAUCGUCAUUAUAGUCCCUGAGGUGCUAGGCUGUGGCCUGUUAAAGAACAUGUCGGAAGAACAAAUCGCGUUCUACACUGUCCUCAUCCAGGAUGGAAUAAAGGUCAUUCUGAUUGAACUGGAGAAAAUCGAGGACUACACAGCCAUGCCGGAGUCGAUUCAGUACCUCAGACAGAAGCAUGGGGCCAUCCAGUGGAGCGGGGACUUCACAGAGCAGUCACGGUGUGCCAAGGCCAAGUUUUGGAAGAAAGUGAGGUACCACAUGCCACCCCGCAGACGUCCAUCGCCCUCUCCUGUCCAGCUGCUGCAGCACACACCCCGCAGCCACAGGGAAGGCAGGUGGAAGGACGGCACAGGAUUUGUCACCCACUGA